ACCCCUUUGUGUGGAAAACCCUAAAACCCAAGAACCUGCCUCUUCUAGACCCUUCUCCUCCCUCCAAUAACAAUACCUCCUCACGCCGUCAAAUUGUUUCGUCUCUCUAUCUAACCCGCUCUCUUUCUCUCUCUAGGCUACUCUAGUCUCUCUGUUUCGAAAACAUGUACCGUUUUGCAGCAAACCUUGCUUCCAAAGCUCGGAUUGCUACUAGCAGAGGCCAACAGAUUGGUAGUAGAUUGAAUUGGAACAGAAACUAUGCCGCCAAAGACAUCAGAUUCGGAGUGGAAGCUCGGGCUUCGAUGCUAAGAGGUGUUGAAGAGCUCGCCGAUGCAGUCAAAGUAACCAUGGGCCCGAAGGGCCGGACUGUGGUGAUUGAACAAAGUUAUGGUGCUCCCAAAGUGACAAAAGAUGGUGUAACCGUUGCAAAGAGCAUUGAGUUCAAGGACAAGGUCAAAAACGUUGGAGCAAGCCUUGUCAAACAAGUUGCAAAUGCAACCAAUGAUGUAGCAGGGGAUGGUACCACGUGUGCUACGGUCCUUACCCAAGCAAUAUUUUCUGAAGGAUGCAAAUCAGUUGCAGCUGGAAUGAAUGCAAUGGACCUAAGGCGAGGUAUUACUAUGGCAGUUGAUGCCGUGGUAGCAAACUUGAAGAGUAGGGCACGAAUGAUUAGCACAUCAGAAGAAAUAGCCCAGGUGGGUACAAUAUCUGCAAAUGGAGAGAGAGAAAUUGGUGAGCUGAUUGCAAAAGCAAUGGAGAAAGUUGGCAAAGAGGGAGUCAUCACAAUUCAAGAUGGGAAGACAUUGUAUAAUGAAUUGGAAGUUGUUGAGGGUAUGAAGCUGAACAAGGGUUACAUAUCUCCAUAUUUCAUCACCAACCAGAAGAACCAGAAAUGUGAAUUAGAAGACCCUCUCAUUCUUAUCCAUGAAAAGAAGAUCUCCAGUCUAAAUUCAAUUGUGAAAGUAUUAGAGUUUGCUUUGAAGAAACAAAGGCCACUGCUGAUUGUUGCAGAAGACGUGGAAAGUGAUGCACUGGCAACUCUUAUUCUAAAUAAGCUUCGUGCUGGAAUCAAGGUUUGUGCCAUUAAAGCUCCUGGAUUUGGAGAGAAUAGGAAGUCUAAUAUGCAGGAUCUUGCCACUCUUACAGGAGGCGAGCUUAUAACUGAAGAACUCGGUAUGAAUCUGGACAAUGCUGAUUUGGAUAUUCUUGGCUCAUGUAAAAAGGUCACAAUAUCUAAGGACGAUACUGUUAUUCUUGAUGGUGCCGGUGAGAAGAGUGCCAUAGAGGAAAGAUGUGAACAGAUUAGAUCGGCAAUUGAAUCAAGCACUACUGAUUAUGAUAAAGAGAAGUUGAAAGAGAGAUUAGCUAAGAUUUCUGGUGGCGUAGCUGUCUUGAAGAUUGGAGGAGCUAGUGAAACUGAAGUUAGUGAGAAGAAAGAUAGGGUAACGGAUGCUCUAAAUGCCACAAAGGCAGCUGUAGAAGAAGGAAUUAUACCAGGUGGUGGUGUUGCUCUUCUUUAUGCAGCAAGAGAAUUGGAAAGGCUAUCAACGGCCAACUUUGAUCAGAAGAUUGGUGUUCAGAUUAUUCAAAAUGCUAUAAAGACACCCGUCCGCACAAUUGCUGCUAAUGCUGGAGUUGAGGGGGCUGUUGUUGUUGGAAAGUUGUUGGAGCAGGAUAACCCUGACCUUGGAUAUGAUGCAGCAAAAGGUGAAUAUGUAGAUAUGUUCAAGGCAGGAAUUAUUGACCCCUUGAAAGUAAUAAGGACUGCUUUGGUUGAUGCUGCGAGUGUGUCGUCGUUGAUGACCACGACUGAAGCUGUUGUGGUUGAACUUCCGAAGGUCGAGAAUGCAGCUCCAGCAACGGGCGGUGGCAUGGGAGGCAUGGGUGGCAUGGGAGGCUUGGACUAUUGAUGAUUGUUGUGGAUGGUGCGCCAUUUGGGAGUCCGGCAUACAUUAUUUUCUAGACAAGUAAUUGUUAGGGUUUUGCCCAUAAUUUAAAUUUAAUCAAGUCAUUUAUGAAGUUCAGGCAUCCAUGUAACCAUAGUGAGAGAGAACAGUCGGGCAUUCUGAUGACCUAGGGUAAGUCAGAUUAGGGUGCAAGGAACGAUCACCAUUGUUAACAUUAUCUCAUAAGGUGUCUUCCAUUCUUAAUCGGCAUUUGAGAAAUAUUUCAUUUUGUUGUUUC